AUGGCGAUGGCCGGGGCGGCGCCCGCUCCGGCGCCCGCGCUGCUCCGGUGGUGCCCGUGCUCCGCACCUCCCUGGGCGCCCUCGCCCUUCCGCUCCCGCCGCCGCGGCCGCUCCAUGAUGUCGCCGUUCACUGGCGCCAGAAGGCAGGAGUACUCCCAGAGCUCAGUCCUUGGAAUUCAAGACAGCCGAGCUCUUAAGCUUCCAGUAUGUGUCAACUUUAAUGUGCAAAGUAGCGGCGCGCAAGAAUGGGCUGACGAGAGCAGGAGGUUAUCCUUAAGCAAAGCCAGCAAUAGUAAUGGUUCCACUCAUCUAGGGUCGGGUAUUUUCCAUCAUGAACCCUUGGAAGAUUUCAAGAGCUCCAACCAAUCUCUAUUGCACAGUGUAAGACAAAGAAUGGCACCGAAUUCUGUUGCGAAUAGGCACGCCAACACGGAACUGGCAAAGCAUCAUGCGAUUAAUCGUGCUGCAGUUGCUGUGACAGCACUGACCAGUGUUGUUAAUGAUCACAUUAAAACGGUGAAGAGGCCUAAGGAAUCUGAAGUGGAGGCUCAUUGGCCUAAUGGUCCCAAGUUUCAUUCUCCUCUUCCGAAAAUCUCUGAAGUUGAAACAAGCUUGCCAUUUGAUGAAAAUGCUACAGAUGGCCAUGCUAAAGAUGUGAAUGAAUGCUCACCCGAGGAGAUGCUAGGAGUGUUGUUCAACUGCUUACUACGAAGUACAGAAAUUAUAUUCAUGCAUGUGACACAGAGUGGUCAUGACUUGUUGCCUGAAUCUAAUAUUGACAUAUUCAAUCAGGUAGAUAUUGAUGUUAAACAAGAGACACCAGUUGGCCAUGGAAAGGUCACAUGCUUUAGCAUCUACUCUGGCACUAAAGGUGCUGAAGCUGAUUUUGGAAAUGGCAAGACAUGCAUUUGGGUGGAUGUGCUGGAUGGUGGACCAGAUGUACUCAUGGAGUUUGCCCCAUUUUUUGAGGAUUCAUCAAUAAGGAAGGUUUGGCACAACUAUAGUUUCGAUAGUCAUGUCAUAGAGAACUAUGGAAUUAAAGUUGCUGGAUUUCAUGCUGAUACAAUGCAUCUUGCAAGACUUUGGGAUUCUUCAAGAAGAACGGAUGGAGGAUAUUCUCUUGAGGGACUUACAAAUGAUCAUAGGGUCAUGGGUGUUGUCUCAAAGGAAUUGCGAAAGAUUGGGAAGAGAUCAAUGAAAACCAUCUUUGGUAGGAAAAAGAUAAAGAAGGAUGGAUCAGAAGGGAAGAUUACCUCAAUCGAGCCUGUUGAAAUUUUACAAAGAGAAGACAGAGAAUUGUGGAUCUGCUAUUCUUCAUUAGAUUCCAUGAGUACCUUGAAGCUUUAUGAAAGCUUGAAAAGCAAGCUUGAAAGGAAGCCUUGGACUUUUGACGGUUGCCCCAGAGGUUCAUUGUACGAUUUCUACGAGGAGUAUUGGCGUCCUUUCGGCGCUAUUCUUGUAAAAAUGGAAACAGCUGGAAUGCUUGUUGACCGUGCUUACCUUUCAGAGAUUGAAAAGGUUGCUGUUGCACAGCGCAAAUUAGCUGCAGAUAAAUUUCGGAAGUGGGCAUCUAAGUAUUGCCCUGAUGCAAAGUACAUGAAUGUUAAUAGUGAUACUCAGAUUCGACAACUCUUCUUUGGUGGUAUAGAUAACAGAUGCAAACCUGGUGAUUUUUUGCCGAAGAGUAAAGCUAUUAAAGUGCCUAACGAUGAAACUGCAGUUUCAGAAGGCAAGAAGGUUCCAAAGUAUCGCACAAUUGAACUUUUCAACAUUGUGGAAGACCUGAAAACUGAUAUAUUUACUGCAAGUGGCUGGCCUUCAGUUAGUGGCGAUGCAUUGAGAAAUUUGGCUGGGAAGGUUCCAUCAGAUCUCGUUUACUCAACAGAUGAUGUAAAUGAUGAUGAAUGUGGUAGUCAUUCUGAAAUUUCCAAUUGUGAUCUAGAAGACACCUCUUCUUAUGGAACUGCAUAUGAUGCAUUUGGAGGAGGAAAGGAAGGAAAAGAAGCAUGCCAUGCCAUUGCAGCUUUGUGUGAGAUCUGUUCUAUUGACUCGUUAAUAUCCAACUUCAUUCUUCCUCUACAGGGAAAUCAUAUAUCAUGUAAGGAAGGGCGGAUCCACUGUUCCUUAAAUAUUAACACAGAAACAGGGCGUUUAUCGGCAAGGGCACCAAAUUUACAGAACCAACCUGCGCUUGAAAAGGAUAGGUAUAAAAUCCGCCAAGCUUUUGUUGCAGCUCCAGGGAACACUCUUAUUGUUGCUGAUUAUGGUCAGCUGGAACUCAGGAUCUUGGCGCAUCUUGCUGAUUGUAAAAGCAUGUUAGAUGCUUUCAGAGCUGGCGGUGACUUCCAUUCCAGGACAGCCAUGAACAUGUAUCCGCAUAUUCGUGAGGCUGUUGAAGAAGAGAAAGUAAUUCUUGAGUGGCAUCCUCAACCCGGUCAAGAGAAACCUCCCGUGCCGUUGUUGAAGGAUGCUUUUGGCGCUGAGAGGAGGAAAGCUAAGAUGCUAAAUUUCUCCAUUGCAUAUGGGAAAACGCCCCAUGGGCUUGCUCGUGAUUGGAAGGUUUCUGUUAAGGAAGCAAAAGAUACACUGAAACUCUGGUAUAGCGAUAGAAAGGAGGUUCUGGCUUGGCAAAUGAAACAGAAACAGCUAGCACAUGAGAAGUCUGAAGUUUAUACAUUGCUUGGGCGAUCACGCCGUUUUCCAAAUAUGGCUCAUGCAACUUCUGGCCAAAGGGGUCACAUUGAGCGUGCUGCUAUCAAUGCUCCUGUACAGGGCAGUGCAGCUGAUGUUGCUAUGUGUGCAAUGCUUGAGAUAGACAGGAAUACUCGUCUUAAGGAGCUUGGUUGGACGCUCCUCUUGCAGGUGCAUGAUGAAGUGAUACUGGAAGGGCCUUCAGAGUCUGCGGAGCUGGCCAAGUCCAUAGUGGUUGAGUGCAUGUCUAAGCCCUUCUACGGCACCAAUAUCCUGAAGGUCGACCUUGCUGUUGAUGCCAAAUGUGCACAGAAUUGGUAUGCGGCCAAGUAG